GUUUUAUGAAUCCGUGGAUAUAUUUCCUCCUCACCGAUUUUGAUGACUUAGAAAUAUAUUGUAAACAUCAUCUUGAGUAACUUUUUCUUCGACACAUAAUCGAUGAUUAGCUUUUAAUUUUCGAAUUAUUCACAAAACCUUUGAUACUAUAUUAUUAAAAUAUUAUUAUUAUAUUAUUAUUAUAACUAUUAUAUGUGUAUCUGUGAUUGUGUAUCCUUCAGUAAUAAUAAUAAAAAUUCAUAAUAAAAAAAAAAUUAAAUAAAAGAUGACAAGUUUUAAAUCAUUUUUUACUGAAUUUAUUAGGUUAGAUUUAGCUGAAUUAUUUAGGUUAGAUUAUAUAAGCAAGGUUAGAUUAUAUAGCAACUUUAUCAGAAUAAUCAAAAUCAAAACAAAAAUAAUUUAUUCAUCUAAUUGAAUUUAGAAAUUGAAGAUAUAAUUUUUUGCUUAUAGUUUAUAGAAGAAUAUGUAUAAUGCGAUGAGAAGUUGAAUAUUGACGACACAUGCUGUCAUGGAUGCACAUAUAUAACCAGAAUUCAAUGAUACAGUAUGGCGAAUCUUUUUAUAUGUACGUGCAAAAAAUUUAUUAAUAUUUAUUGAAUUGUUAACAUAUCGGAUAAUUUUUAAUAAGUUAGUUUCUUUUAUAAAAAUAAAAUCAAAUUUUAGUUAAAUAUAUUAUAAUAAUUAAAAAAAUAUGAAUAAUUUAUAAACGUAUAUUGCUAAAAUAAUAUCGCUAAAAAUGAUUCACAUGCCAGCAAAAUUUUCAUAGAGAAUAGAGGGCUUAUCAUAUUUGACAUUUGUGGGAGGAAAAGUACUGAUUGUUUACAAUUUUCUAAAAAUUUGGCAAUCCGGAGAAAUACGUAAAUGAUAAUGGAUGCCAACGUAGAUGAUGACGGAACACAUAGCGAAUUAGAAAAUCCAGAAAACAGACAAAGUAAUGAUGAGGAUUAUUCAGAAGAAAAUACAGAUGAAACAUCUAUAUCUACUGAAAGUACUUUUGAUUUGACUCUACCAACAACACAUUCUUAUUUAGGACAUAAUUUGGAAGAACUUAGAGGAAGGACAAUAUUAGAUGAUGGACUUUACGUAAAUUUGCCAUUGUUAGUAAAGCAAUCUGUUAUGUUAUUUCCUGGACAAACAUUACCAAUGACAGUAUUUGAUGCACAAACCAUUGAUAUGAUAAGAACAUGCAUUGAAAAUGAUCGGACAUUAGGUGUUGUUUGUUUGGGAUAUGAUAAAAUGGUACCAAUAGGUACAACUGCAGAAAUUUAUGAAUGCAUGUAUGAUCCUGAUCAAGGUUUUCGUUUAAAAGCUAAAGGUAGACAAAGAUUUAAGAUUUUGCGAGUUAUAAUUCAGGGAUAUGAUAAAAUAUCAGCUCACGUACAAGUUUUACCAGAAAUAACUCUUGGACCACCAUUUUUGGAUGAACGUUUAGCAUCAUUAGAUCAUUUACGAAUACAACCGAAAAGUGAGGAAGAUUUUAAAAAACAAGAAAGAGUAGAAAAUUUAGAUGCUAUAGUAACUCCUUGGCCUGCUUGGGUAUAUCGGCAAUAUGAUCCCUUAAGACUUUCAUUAAAAAUACGACAACGUUUACAAUUUAUUGAGAGUAAAGGAAGUAAUAUACCUGAAGAUCCUGCAGAUUUAUCAUUUUGGGUUGCCCAAAAUUUGUUAUUAGAUGAUAAUGAAAGAAUCGUUUUAUUAAAUUACGAUUGUGCAAUUUCAAGGUUACAAAGAGAAAUAAAAUAUUUAGUAGAAGACAAAAUAUUUGUUUGUUCUAACUGCGAUUCUUACAUUGGAAGGCAAUCACAUAUGUUUCCAAUGAGUAAAGAAGGUCCACAAGGUACUUAUUGUAAUCCUUCUGGAAUUAUACAUGAAACUGUAACUUUAUAUCAUGCACAAGGCCUUGCGCUGAGUGAUAAUCCAUCAAUAAAUUAUACAUGGUUCCCAGGAUAUGCUUGGACUGUCGCAACAUGUAAAGAUUGUGAUAAUCAUAUGGGAUGGAAGUUUACAGCAGUUCAGAAUAAUUUAAAACCUAAAGCAUUUUGGGGUUUGUUACGUAAAAGUUUGAAAAGCAAAGAGAAGUGAGCAAACCAAAAUUUAAAUAUAUUAUACCGAGAAAUUCGGUGAUUAGUUUGGAAAACCCAGUGCAUAUUUCCCAUAGUUUUUUAGUAUUAUAUGACUAUGUGCAAUUGUUUGUACUGCUUAGUUUUUGUGAGCUAUCAAUAACAAUAAUGUUAAUUUUUCUAAUAUAAAAAAAGACUACAAAACAUACCAAAAUCAGAAUAAUAAAAAAGUUAUUUACUGUAAACAUUGAAUCGACUGAAAUAUGGUAUAUGUAAAUUUCGAUAUUUAAGAGUAUAUAGAAAUUAAUUUUAAAGCUCCAUGUGAAACAAAGAUUGGUAUAAAAAUGUUUUAAUAUAUAUACAAUCUUAUUUCACAUCUACGUUAAACUUUAGAAUUUGUAAAUUGAAUUAAAUGAUUCGAUCAUAUUAAAAAGAUACAUCAAUUGUUAUUUUUGCAAAAGCAGUUUAUUCUGCUCAGUAUGUUUUUUAUGAGUAUCUAGAUAAUAUACAAUUCAUAACUUAAAUUUUUUAUGUAACUAGUCAUUAUGGGACAUGUACAUCUAUCUUUAAUAUCAGUAUAGUAAUAUAAUAAGAAUUUGUCAACGUACCUUGCUAAGAAAUUCAUAAAUCAGAAGUUGCUGAUGUUUAAUAGUAAUUAGAUACAAAUUUUUUAUGAAUUGUUUUCAUUUAAUAUGAUGAUAGUGAUAAAAAUCGAAAAGAAUGAAAUAAUAUUGGUUUUUCUUAUUAAUGUAUAAUAUUCACAUGUUUUCCUUUUUAUAUCAUUAUUUGGAAAAUGCAUGUACAGUUCUAAAAUGAGUUUAACAUCAUGUCAUCAUUAUUAUACUGAACUUCAAUAAUUAUAUACAAGUUAUAAACAAAGAUAUAAUACAUGUUAUUGGAAUAUGAUAUUUUGUUAUUUGUACAUCAGAAUUUAAUAAAUGUGAAUUUAACGUGAAA